AUUUCUGGCGAUCCCCAGAAUAUGCCUUUUGAUAUUUACUAAUUUGAUAAAUUUUUUUGUGUUUUGCAAGCAGCAGGUGCACGUGUUGGGUACGACAUGUCACCAUUUAUCAGGCGGUAUGCAAAAUAUUUAAAUGAAAAAGCCAUGUCUUACAGAAGUGUGGCCUUUGAUUUUUGCAAAGUCAAAAGAGGAAAAGAAGAUAGCACUCUGCGUAAUAUGAAUGCAGAAAAACUAUUGAAAACUCUUCCAGCACUGCAAGCACAAUUAGAUAGUCUUUUAGAGUUUGACUGCACCGCAAAUGACCUUACAAAUGGUGUUAUAAGUAUGGCAUUCAUGCUCCUUUUCCGAGAUUUAAUACGUCUCUUUGCUGGAUAUAAUGAUGGCAUAAUCAAUCUAUUAGAAAAGUAUUUUGAUAUGAAUAAGAAACAGUGUCGAGAUGCAUUAGAUUUAUAUAAGAAAUUUCUCAUACGGAUGGAUCGUGUCGGUGAAUUUCUAAAAGUGGCAGAGGUAAUGUCUGAAUCAUUAACAAAUAAAUCUAAAGGAGUGAUAACUGAAAGAGUAUGAGUGGAAAAAUAAUUU